ACAACCAUUUAGAGGUUAUUAUAAACAGUUUCAUAUUUUCAAAUACUAAUUUGUAUAUUUAUCAACUGGUGCAAUAAAUAAUAAAAUGGCUUUGAGUGGAGCUGAAAAGAAGAAAAUGGGUAUAGAGCUAGAAAAUCGAAAGAAAUGGGAGACAGUGGAAAUUGAAAGAUUAAAUAUUGAUAAUAAAAGCAAAUACAGAAAUUUUCAAAGAUGCAUGGAUCGGCAACAAAAGGACCAACAGGACGACGACGAUAGGAAAAAUAAAAUUACCAAAGAUUUAAAACAAGAACAGGAUAUUAGAGAUCAACAGCUUUUGGCAGCUGAAUUAAAUAAAAUAACUCAAGAUGAGAUGUACCAGUUAAGAAGAAGACAAAUCCUUCGCAAUAUGGAGCCUGAACUACAAGAACUAGCUGCAAGAUUAAAAGCAGCCUAUGUACAAAAGGCAGUAACAGUUCAACUAGCUGAAAAAGAAGCCCAAAGGCUGGACGAAGAGGUAAAAAAGAAGCAGGCAAGAGAUGUAAUGCUGGCUGCUGUAAUAACAGAUGAAGAAAUGCGUGAAGAAGAAAUGAUGAAAGACAUGAAGCAGAAGGAGCAAUAUAGAAUUGCAUUACAGGAUCAAAUGAUAUACAAAGAAAAAUGUAGGAGAUAUGAAUAUGAAGAGUUCCUUAGAGAUAAGAAACUUAGGGAUGACUAUAUUAAGAGAAUGAAUGAUGAAGCAGAAAGACAAAUUCAAGAGGAAAAGUGUAGGAAACAGAAAUUUAGAGAAGAAGAAAUGAAGUUUAAAGAAGCUCAACAAGUAUGGAAAGAUAAGAAAAGGAGAGAACUUGAAGAGGAAGACAAGAACAUACAGGAUUAUCUCUCAACAAAAACCAGUGAUGCAAAAGAAAGGAGAGAAGAACAGGAAAGAAAAGAAGCAGCCAAGAAUGCAGUUAUAGAAAGCAUAGGGCAAAAAUUGUAUCAACUUCAGAAAACAAACCAAGAAAGACAAGAACUGAUUCAGCAGUUAGCAGAACAGCAACAGAAAGAAAAAGAAGAUGAUCGAUACAGAAGAGAUAUUGAGAAAAUUGAAACACAAAAGAUUAACACGCGAAUUUGUCUAUUCAAACAGAUGCAAGAACAUGAAGAAAUUCGGCGAAAGGAAGAAGAAAACGACGCCAGAUAUCGAAAACAGAUGGCAGAGAAAAUGGCUGAAGAUGAGCGUUUAGAACUGAUGACUGCAGAAAGGAAGAAACGUCGAAUGAUUGAAAUAAAGCAUGAAGUGGAAGAAAUGAUAAAACAGAGGAGACAAAAGCGUGCUGAAGAAAUACAACUGUUAAUAAAAUUACAAGAAGAAGAAAUAAAAGCAGAAGAAGAAAGGAAACGAUUGGUGGAAGAAGAAAAACGAAUAAUGCUAAAGGAGCAUGCGAGAAAUAUUAUUGGGUUCAUCCCAUCCCGUAUAGUCCAUCCUGAUGAAUUACAGAAGCUUGCUUGUGAAGCUGAAUGUGAAGAAAAAGAAAAAUAAAAAUUUAUUUUGAAAAUAACGCCUGCCAAAUAUUUUUUACCUAUGACA